GAGGCAGGGUGGAGCUGAGGGCGGGAUGCUCCGACUGGAACAGACGCACCGCCUGUCGAUUGGACCAGAAGCGGAGAGAAGGAAAGCGCCGAGAGAGUCCGCCGGAGCUUAAAGACUUUGCAUGGGAUUUUUGUUGUUUUUUUUUUGUUUUGUUUUGUUUGUUUGUUUUCCUCUAGGACGGGAGGUUUGGAGGCACCUGUCCGCUUGAACCGCAUUUCCCUACAAACUCCGAGCGAGGCUGAAGCAUGGACGCGGUUUUACCCUCAUUGUUACUAUUAAUAUUAUAGGAGGUUUGUGCGACCGCUGCGCGUAAAGUUAUCCUUCCUUUCUCUCGUCUCGCUGCUUAGUUUUGGGUUUUCCACCGAGCUUUAUGAGUUCGCCGCUGUUUCUGGGUCAGCUGCUCGGGGUCCCGCUAGAAAUAAUGCCCCCCACCAUGGAGAAGGACACAACUUACACCAAGAUCUUCGUCGGCGGGCUACCCUACCACACCAGCGACGCCUCACUUCGGAAAUAUUUCGAGACUUUCGGGGACAUCGACGAGGCGGUGGUGAUCACGGACAAGCAGACGGGGAAAUCCAGAGGAUACGGCUUUGUGACCAUGGUGGACAGGGCCGCAGCAGAGCGGGCGUGCAAAGACCCGAACCCCAUCAUCGACGGCAGGAAGGCCAACGUGAACCUGGCGUACCUUGGAGCAAAGCCUCGCAGCUCACAAACAACUCUUUCAGCUGGAGUUCACCAAGUCCUUCCCACGUGGGCUCAGCGGCAAUACGGGUUCACCCAGCAGUACGUCUACCCCCAGGCGUUCCUCCAGCCUGGCCUGCUGCUGCAGUCCCACCUGAGCCCCACCGCCACGGCCCUCACCUCCCCUUACCUGGAGUACAGCUCCGCCUACAGCCCCUACGCCCCGUCGGGAUUGGAGCAGUACCCCUUCGUCCCCUCGCCGUCGCCCUCAACAGGCUACCUCAGCUACAGCUUCUCCCCGGGUACGCCGACGCCCACGCUCACCGCGCCUCCCACCCCUCCAGCGGCCAUCCAUCCUCCCCCGGCCGCGCUCACCGCCGUGUCCGCCACGCCACCGGCCUUCCUCCAUUACCCCCUCCACCAGCCCGACCGGAUGCAGUGAGCAGACCUGAGCAGCCAAUCAAAACACUGCUGCUGAUUGGAGGCUGGACCGGGUUUAUAAAAAGGGCUUUUUGAGAGAACUCUCUUUCCUCGGUGUAACAGAUAAUGAUCAUCCUGCGUUGUCGUCAGCACACACUGUGAAUGUUUUCCUGAACCGGCAGGACUCUGUUGUGAUCUUUUAGAUGCUUCUUCUGGGCAGGAGGGAACGUAACGUAAAGACAAAGAGAAAUCCGUCUUUCUGCCAUGUUGCUGCAGCUGCAUUUUCUCCAAAGGUACUGCACUGAAUUCUGGACUUCAGCCAAUCUGAGAGCCAGGUUCUCUCUGAAACAGGGAGCCUGUUCCCUCUGCUUCAAGGUUACCUUUCUAUCUGAGAGGACGGUUUCUCUCUGCACCCAACUUAUCAUUUUUAUUAUUCUCUCCUUUCAGCGACGAACAAAAAAAAGUUUAUUGUAAUCCCUCUUUGUUCCUGUUAUCUACAGCUAGGAGGUUAUAACAUGAGCAUCUUCACAGAAUAUGCAAUUAGGAUUACGAAGGAUGAGUAAGAACAAGGUAGGCAACACUGGCAUUUCGUUUUUGUUGUUUUUCUAUUCCUACAGCAUUACUCAGAGCACAAUUCUGUCAGGAUUUAAACACAACAUUCAUAAGAUAAUUUUUUUUUUUUUUUACUUCUUUUGUCUUCUGGACACAUUUUCUGUUUCUUUCAUUUUAGUGCCCUCCACAGCUAUUAGCAGCUCUAGGGAAAAAAAUGAAGAAGCUCAAGAACAAUUAAGUUGAAAAAAAUCCCACAUUUAGAAAAAAUAAAUGUCAGACUUACUGUGACCUUUAAGUGCAACUGUAAUAUAUAUUUUUUUGUAUCUUAACAUUGUUAAACAUUGUUUUUAAGUUGAUCUGUGUCUCUUUUAGUCAUAUUCUAGUUCUUGUGAGUUAAAUAUGACACAAGAAAGCAACUAAUACAUCUUAGCCACUCUCCAAACAGGCCAGAUAAAUAGCUUUAAGAAUUUAAAUAAGUAAAAACUAAAUUAUUAAUAUGUAAAAAUGCACCAAUGUUAAGCAUGGUGGAGGAUGUGUGAUGCUGGGGGUCUGUUUAUCUCACAUAAGCCCAGGGGACUUUGCUAUAAGCAUCAGAUCAUAAGGUCUUUCAAAAGCUGGGGCGUUCUAAAUAAAAAAUCUGGUUUACUCCCCCAGAAAACUGAAAGAGCUGAAAAUACUUUUGGUCUAAUUUCUAGUGUGAAUAUCUUAGUUCACUUGAAAUAAGAUAAAACUAAUUUACAAGUAACUUUUUAGCAAGAUAUAGGAGCUGGUUUUAGGUCAAUAAUUCCUUAAUAUAGAUGAAAAAGUACUUGUUCCAUUGACAGAUUAUUUCAUGUUUAAUAUGGAAAAAUGUCAUAAUAAGGGAAAUAAUCUGCCAAUGGAAAUUGAACUUUUUCAUCAAUAUUAAGAAAUUAUUAUCUUAAAAAAAGCUCCCAUAUCUAGGUGAAAACUACGUUACAAUCAGCGUUUCAGCUAGAAAUAGGAGCCUUUGUCAAUAAUUCCUUAAUAUUAGACUUAAAAAGUAUCAGGUGUGAGUGAAAUAAUCUGCCAGUGAAACAAGACAUUUUUUCAUAUUAAAAGUGAAAAUAUCCACUGAUGGAUUAUUUCACUUUUAACUAGUACUUUUUCAUCAUUGUUAAGGAAUAAUUGACUUAAAACAAGUUCCAGUUUCUUGCUUUCAAGGGUACUAAGAAACUAGUCAAAUUAUCUGGUAAUGAUAUUGGUUGGCCAAUAUAUGUGGAGGGCAUUGAAACGUGUGUUUGAAUGUUGGUAGCCUGUAUGUGUGAAUGGGACUCAGAGCGUUGCAGCAUGCUGCAGAGCUCUCAUCCAGCCUCUUGUACCAUUGUCCAGUUUUUUUCUUUCUUUUUGCUAUGUAAUAUAGACAGGUUCUUUAGCUAAGAUAAUGGAGUCUUCUGGUGUGGAAGACUGUGGUACCAAUGUUAGUGGUCUAAACCAAGCCAUAUGUCAGAUUUUAAACAAAUAUGCAAAAUAAAAAUGAAUGUUUGA